UACAUUUACGUAAUGUACAUAUUUGUUUGUUUACUUUGCAUGCACGUCUUUGUUUACGUGUAUGACGUCAUGGUAAUUCUGUUACGUCAUUCUUUAGGCAACGUUAAUUUCUGUCUUUCCAAAAGACGUUUGUUAAUUCCAAAAGAAUGUGGUACGCCGACAAAUACGUUAAAUCAAAGAGAAGGUAGAAAAUACCGAUCGUACAGUACCAAUACCCUCACAGAAGCUUACUUUGCAGUAAAAGAUGGCAAAAUUACAGUUAAAGGGGCAUCUAGACAAUUUGGUAUUCCUGAGCAAACACUCAGAGAUCGUGCGCUUGGAAAAAUUGACAUUGACUGUGUUAGUUCAGGUUGUUUGCCAGUACUUACCUUGGAUGAAGAGGCCAAGAUUGUGGAACAUUUGAAGAGGAUGGCAUCGUAUGGGUACGGUUACACCAGGCAGGAGGUGAUUGAUAUAGCCACAGACUAUGCUGUCAAACUGGGAAAAAGAAUUUCUGAGAAACCUUUUACAUUAGGCUGGCUCUAUCUCUUCAUCCGUAGAUGGCCUGAACUGCGACUUAUCAAACCACGUGCCCUUGAACAGUUUAGAGCAAAGUGUACCUCGUCUACAGUUGUCUGUUCAUACUUUGAUGAGCUUGAAAAUAUCAUCACUAAGUACAGUCUUUACGAUAAGCCACACCUGAUCUUCAAUGUCGACGAAAAAGGUAUCACCCAGAACCACAGUCCCCCACGUGUUGUUGCUGGAAGGGACCAACAUCCCCAGGCUGUUACCUCAGGAAAGUCACUGACAACAACCAUUAUUGGAUGUGGAAGUGCUAGUGGUAUAGCAAUACCACCAUUCUUCGUUUUUGCCGGAAAGAGGAAGAUGCCAGAACUGAUGCAUGGAGCGUCUCCAGGUGCAGAUUGCGAAAUGUCAGAUACAGGAUGGUCAAAUUCUGACAUCUUCCGACAUUACCUGCAAGAUCAUUUUAUAAAGUUUAUACCCCAAAGACAGCCAGAUCAGCACUUACUUCUUCUACUCGAUGGUCACAAAUCACACGUGUCUUUAGAUUUGGUGGAGUGGGCAAAAGAAAAGAAAAUAAUCCUGUUUAUUUUGCCUGCACAUACAUCCCAUAUUUUACAACCCUUGGAUGUUGCAUGCUACGGUCCUUUACAAAAAUUCUACAGUUAUGUGUGUCACAAAAUAAUGAGGCAAACAUCGACAGCUAUAACUCGAUACAAUAUCUGCGAGUUGUCCUGUAAGGUUUACUCCCGAGCCUUGUCAGCCGAGAACCUUCAUGCUGCAUUCCGUAAGACUGGAAUCUUUCCUUUAUGCAGAAACGUGAUCAGCAAUGAAAGUGUAAUGCCAGCUGAAAUUUAUCACAAUGGUCAAGACAAUGCCGAAGCCAACGAUAUUCAAACAGAGAUACCAGAUGGCCUGGACAAUCAAACUGUUCCUACUGAAAAUGUUUGCACCACAACAAACAAGGAAACAGAAGUUUGUCUUUCUGAGUCACCAAGUGCAUUUUUAUGCCAAAAAAUUGCUAAUCUAAGAAACACAAAGCAGCUAGAUAACAACAAAAAGCCACGGAGAUCUCUCAGUAAAGUCGUAUCAGGUCGACCUAUAACGGAAAGCCAUAUUACUCAGAAAGUUGACGACUACAUGCAUGCCAGUGGAACAACCAAACCUACUAUCAAAAACAGUAGGAACUCCAAGAACAAGUCAGGGAAAACUGCAAAGAAACAAACAAGUUUUGAAAACUGCAAAAAUACAAGCUCUCCUCAACCUGGACCGUCAACUUACAACAAUCCUGACUCGUAUUCACCUUCAUCAGACAACAGCGAUAUCGAUAUCGAAGAGAGUGAAAAAUGCUGUGUUUGUCACAUGUUUACACCCACGCAAGUACGACAGAGCAUUUCAGUGGUGUUUACAAAAUGGGUCCAAUGUGACGGGUGCCCUCAUUGGGUGCAUUUGGGCUAUUGCACCAAAGAAAGGGUGAUACGCCUUGGUGAUAAUUUCUUUUGUCAUCACUGUGUUACAAAUCAAAGCAAUGAGCAAUAAGUAUGCACUUAUUCUGUCGUUUGUGUGCACUUUAAAUUGUUGGAAUUUUAAAUUGUUAUGGUGUUGCAGUUAUUUCCCUUUGGAUAUUGAUAUAAUAGAACUUCUACAGUGUUAAAUGUGAAAAGAAUCAAACAGCAAUCCAAUUUUAAAAGUACUGAAAAUCCCUUAAUUUUUUGGCGUGGCCUAAAAUGGUUAUUUCCGGUUUUGGAACAGGGCACGAAAAUAGCUGUCGUUCGAUUUGUCGGGGUGGAUUUCACUUGGUCCUUUCAAAAAUAUCUCAACAUUACGUGCAGCUUUGUGUUUUCUUUGUGGAUUGUGCAAACAAAGGAUAAAAGGACACUGUUCGAGGUUAGUAAAUCUUUUUUUAUUUAUUAUUUCAUUUCCAGAAGUUAUCGUCGCGUGCUUGCUUAGGGGCACGAAUAUUAAUGUCGUUUCAGAUCCGGGACGAGCGCCCCAAUUUUCUACUCCUGUCACGGGGAUUCUAUAAUUCCCGUAACUGAAUAAAACACGAUUAUCAAAAUAUCUCUCCUAACUGUAUA